ACGAACGCAGACGGACGACCCGCGACGAUAAUGGUGUAAUAUCAGCAGUGAGCUAUAACAUUAUUAUUGCGCGAGCGAUGUAAUAAUUAUAAUAAUAAAUAUUUUGAAUUAUUAGUUUUCUAAUUGGUCGGAAGACUUAGAGAAAACAAAAAUAGUUAAAUUUAAUAACGCGGUAUUGCAGUAGAGUUGGUUUUUCGGCCGUCGCGUGCGCUUCUCGAUAAAAAACAAACGUCGGGUGUCGCGUUAUCUUCUUGUCGGCGGCCGACCAAGUCGAACCGAUUCAGUGGCCGUCGUCCAAGUAGCUUUUAUAGGCAGCCGCCCGAAACCGGUAAGUCCGCCGCCGUCCACGAUAUCGGCCAACGGACGCGUCGCGAAUGUUACGUCUAGGCGGUGCCGUCGCGUUCCCAACGUUGUCCGGGUGAAAGUUGUCCGCUGUCCGUGACGCAAACCCACCCGGUUGGCUGGUUUGCUCGUCCGAUCGGAUGCGCUGUCGAUUACGCAAUUAAACAAGCGCUGGAUGUUUUUUCACUUCUGGGUGUAAAAUAAAAUCAAAUAGAAAAUGUUCACACUCGACGAACAUACGACUCCUGAGAGAGUACCUUCUGCAAGAGUACCUACCGACCAGAGCAGUUAUCAACUAAUCGUCACGAUCGAAUGUGCACAUUUAAAGAACAAUGGAGGAUUGAUAAAACCACAUCCGUAUGUUGAAUUGAGCGUCGACGAUUUCAAAAGGCAUAAAACUGAAGUGAUCAAAAAUACAUAUCAACCCAAAUGGAAUGAAGAAUUUACUGUAAUGGUUACGCCGUAUUCUACUUUACAUUAUCGUGUACUAGACUAUUGUAAAUUUCAAAAAGACGUACUUAUCGCCGAAAAAGACAUAAACUUCUAUGACGUGUUGUGUCAUUAUAAUGGUGUCUGUGAUAAUUUGGAGCUGACUAUAGAUUUGAUGAGAAUACGCCACCAUGAUCUAACGUCGAGUUCGUCGUCCGCCAACAAUAAUAUCAAAGUUGGAGAGUUGGUUACUAUACUACACGGUGUUCGAAUUGACAUGACUAAAGUUUCGCCUCCGCCACAAGAUCUUGGUACAAGAGUAACUUAUGUACCAGGGUCUAAUAAUGAAUUUAGUCAUGGGAUCAGAGCCCGUAGCCGUUCUUUGACCACGAUACCUCCGGCUCCGCCUGCUUUGCCUUUACCGACAGAUCCGAGCGGGUCAAAUAAUCAAACCAGUAGCCCGACGCAUAGUAAUGAUAUUGGUGGUCCUCAAACGCCAGAAGCUCAUACGUCUCCCAUUCAAGGAACGAUUACAGUGCAUCAUCAAAACGGUACCGUGACUGUUCAGACAGAAGAACCAUUGCCGUCAGGUUGGGAAAUGAGAUAUGAUCUCUACGGAAGACCGUAUUAUGUGGAUCAUAAUACAAAGUCUACUUCUUGGGAACGACCCCAACCCUUACCGAUCGGUUGGGAGGUUCGACGAGAUAACCGAGGCCGCAUUUAUUAUGUCGAUCAUAACACUCGCACUACUACGUGGCAGCGACCUAACAGCGAACGACUCCAGCAUUACCAACAAUGGCAGGGCGAACGUGCCCAUGUGGUACAGCAAGGAAAUCAACGGUUCCUCUACCCUCAACAUGCUUUAGGUACCGGAUCAGGACCGAACAAUAGACCGGAUCCAGCUGCUGCAGCUCCCCCUGUAGAAGUACCAGACGACGAUCCUACAAUACUCCGCAGAAUGGGUGCACUACCCAAUGGCUGGGAAAAGCGUGUGCAGCCCGACGGCAGAACAUACUUUGUAAAUCAUAAGAGUCGAAUCACUCAAUGGGAGGAUCCCCGAACCCAAGGAUCCGAACUAAUACUCGACGACGAUGAAGAUCUGCCAACCGGUUGGGAAGUCAGGAAAACCAAUGAAGGUGUUAGGUAUUUUGUCGAUCACAACACUCACACAACCACUUUUCAAGAUCCUCGUAUUAAGACUAACGGUAUUUACCGUACAACUGGAAAUGCUUACGGACUGCAAAUCAUGUACGAACGAUCGUUCCGCUGGAAGCUAAGUCAGUUCCGAUAUUUGUGCCAGAGCAACGCGAUAUCCAGUCACAUAAAAAUAACCGUUUCCAGGCAAACAUUGUUCGAAGAUUCGUACCAUCAGAUAAUGAGAUCAGCCGCCUACGAAAUGAGAAAACGAUUGUAUAUUGUGUUCCGCGGAGAAGAAGGAUUAGAUUAUGGUGGCGUGUCACGGGAAUGGUUCUUUUUAUUGUCCCACGAAGUACUCAAUCCUAUGUACUGUUUGUUUGAGUACGCCAACAAAAAUAAUUAUAGUUUGCAAAUAAAUCCUGCGUCGUACGUGAAUCCAGAUCACUUAUUGUACUUUAAAUUUAUCGGUCGCUUCAUCGCUAUGGCUCUUUACCACGGACGCUUCAUCUAUUCUGGUUUUACGAUGCCGUUCUACAAGCGCAUGUUGAACAAAAAGCUGACUAUGAAAGACAUAGAGACUAUUGAUCCAGAGUUUUACAAUUCGUUAGUUUGGGUGCGCGACAACAACCUAGAAGAGAGUGACGUUGAGAUGUACUUUGGCGUUGAUUUCGAAGUGCUCGGCCAAGUCGUACACCACGAACUCAUCGACAACGGCGACAAAGUGAAAGUCAACGAACAAAACAAAGACGAAUACAUUAAACGAAUGACUGAAUGGCGGAUGACUCGUGGAAUCGAAGAUCAGACCCAAGCUCUACUGGACGGUUUCAACGAGGUUGUUGCGCUGGAAUGGCUCAAAUAUUUCGACGAACGAGAACUCGAGCUCAUGCUUUGUGGCAUGCAGGAAAUCGACGUCGAAGACUGGCAACAAAACACUAUUUACAGGCAUUACAAUCGAAACAGCAAACAAAUCAACUGGUUUUGGCAGUUUGUAAAGCAAGCAGACAAUGAAAAACGUGCACGGCUCUUGCAGUUUGUGACCGGAACGUGCAGAGUACCUGUCGGAGGUUUCGCUGAACUGAUGGGGAGCAACGGCGCACAAAGGUUCUGCAUUGAGAAAGUCGGCAAGGACUCGUGGCUGCCGCGGUCUCACACGUGUUUCAAUCGUCUCGACUUGCCGCCAUACAAGAACUACGAUCAACUGGUCGAGAAGCUCAACUACGCUAUCGAGGAAACCGAAGGUUUCGCACAAGAAUGAAACACAAAUAUUUUCAGGUCGAUGUUCCAACAAUUGUUAAGAUUUUGAAAUACAUUUAUAGAGAGAUAUAAUAUAUAUAUUUAUUUGUAUGUGUGUACUAAAUUUGUGUAUCCAUUAAUCUAUAUAUUUCAUAGAUAUAAUAUAGUAUAAAUUUUUAUUGUUUGUAUUGCACGAUGGUUGAUAGACGUAGAAUAAUUUGUAUAAAAUUAAAAAAAAAAAAAUAAUGAUAAUAAUUGAGAUCCGUCAUUGUGUCGAAAAUCAAGUUCACGGUUUAUUUAUUUUCUCCUCAAAAUAACAGUAUCUUGCAUACAUUCCGUAAAAAAUAUAUUUGUUUUUAUUUUUUUAUUAUUUUUACUACUUGCCCCUAUUAUUGUUAAAUGUUUUUGUAGAAUUAUUGUUUUUGAUUUUUUUUUGUUUUUUGUUUGUUUUACAUUGCUUUUAAUUUUUUUUUAGUUAUUAUUAUCGAUUGUAAUUAAAUGCACAAACUAACUGUGUUGUAAAGUUUAUUUUUCUAUUCGUACGUCUAAUAUUGUGAUGAUAUUUGAUAAAACGUGUACAAAGCAAUUCAAAGUAAUUCAUUUUAGCGUUAAUUGUGUCCGUCACUGGUUUUGGUAACGCACGCGCAAAAUAAAAUAAAUAAAAUUUCAAAUUACUAACUUGAUAUGUUAUUAUUUUUUAUGUUAAUUAAUAAUAAUAAUAAUUAUUAUUGUUAAAUAACUUUUAAUGUUCGGUUAUUAUUGUAGAUUGUAUUUUGAUUUGUGUACUUAACCAAAUAGUAAUAUUAUAGUAAUGUUGGAUGUACUUAAUUGAUAAUCAUUUUAUUGUGUAAAAUAAUACAAAUAUUAUAUUCCUAUAGGCAUUGUGAAUAUUCCAAAAUACGAUACAGACCAAUAUUAUACAUUCGUAAAAACUAUUAUGCUAAAAUAUAGUUGUAUAAAUUGUUGUUUGAUUGAUACGUAUAAUAUUAACCGUGUUUUUGCGUAUUACACAUUUGUAACCAUUGCAAAGUAUAUAAUUAUAUAUUACUGAAAUAAAA